CUGUCUGAGUGAAGGCAGUGCAUGUGUUUUGUAUGCAUUUGCAUCAUUUAAUUGUCAACUGUAGCUUCAAUGUUUGACAGGCGUGCUUGGGUAACAUGAGUUAGAGCUGUGUCCUUACAUGCUCAGUGACAGCACACGUUAAUGACCAUUAACUGAGAUUCGCUGUGAUCGAGAUAACGCUUCACCUAACGUGCACCGGCUGUUUCGCGGUUAAGCAUUAACCCGUUUCCCCCAGUGUUUACGCCCAGUGAACUGCAGGUAAGGAGCGUGAGCCUCAGGUUCGGGCAAAGGCGCGCUGAGCGUCGACACAGUCGGCCUUUCUGCUCGACUCCCGCCUGCUGAAGCAGAUGCCAGAAGGGAUUAGUUGGGCUGAAAUCCCCUGAUGGGAGAUGAGAAGGUGAAAGCUGCCUCUCAAGUAGUAGAGGAGCAGCCUGCUGCAUGCAGAAGUCAUGAAAGCUGCUUUGUCCUCCACUGCCUAAUAAGUCACGGGGUCCUUGUUUUGGCAGCCUCACACCUUCAGGUAGAAAUGGAGACGAGCAGGACCCCUACAAAUUAGCUGAAUUGUCAGGUUGUGCAUCGCGAGGAAAUCAAAGCACGAACAGGCAACGACAAGGGCUCGUCUUUAUUAGAUUUGAUUUCAGAUUCUAACUAGAAUUUUUGCAGCGACGUGACACUCCUACUGUGCUCGGUGAGGUGAUACGUCUAUCUUUUAAAAUUGCCAGGUAAUAUAAGUCAUUAAUCCAUUAAUUCAUUAUCCUUUACACGCAGAAAGCUUCACGGAAGUCGCUGUGGAGGUAAAGUGCAGACGCGCUGGGUGGCAAUGAAAAGUCCAGGCAUCAGCACGAAGGUAUCAGGGCGGGCGAUAAGGGAGCUUGAUAACGAACACAUGUAUAAAUGAAUGAUGGGAUUUUGUGGAAGGGUUUUAACAAAUUUCUCCUCUGAACAUCUGUGACGCACAAAAGUCCUCUGCUCUUCUGUCAGACCUCCCUCCACUCCCUUCACUCUGUCUUCAUCACACCACACCGGACCCGGCCUGUCUCUCGUUCUGUCAUUUCUAGCCGCCCCACGUCCUGACCCAAGCGCCCAGCAGAAUGCCGUGCGCUGCGCUGAAGUCCUUCCUGGUCAGCGUGUCCCGGAGGAAGCCCCUGGAGCCCGACGGGGAGCAGUCCACCUUCAACCGGUGCCUGACCACCCUGGACCUGGUGGCCCUCGGCGUGGGCAGCACCCUCGGGGCCGGGGUCUACGUGCUGUCCGGAGAGGUGGCCAGAGAGACCGCGGGCCCCAGCAUCAUCAUCUCGUUCUUCAUCGCCGCCUUGGCGUCCAUAUUCGCCGGGCUGUGCUACGCAGAGUUCGGGGCCCGGGUUCCUAAAACGGGCUCAGCGUACCUUUACAGUUACGUGACGGUUGGAGAGUUACUGGCGUUUGUCACUGGGUGGAAUCUGUUACUUUCAUAUGUCAUAGGGACAUCAAGUGUUGCACUGGCGUGGAGCGGCACAUUUGAUGACCUCAUCGGCGGCCACAUCUCUACGUUCUUUAAGGAACACAUGCCCAUGGACCUCCCUGGUCUCGCGCCUUACCCAGACAUCUUUGCUGCAGCACUCAUCAUACUACUCUCAGGCCUGCUGGCGUUCGGAGUGAAGGAGUCGACGACGAUCAACAAGAUCUUCACAGCCAUCAACAUCCUGGUGCUGCUGUUUGUGAUCAUCUCUGGCUUCAUCAAGGGCGACAUCUCCAACUGGCAAAUCAGCGAAGAGGUUCUGAUAAACGCCACAGCAGAAGCCCAAAACCUCAGCUCCACCGUCAACGUGACCAGCGCGUACGGCGUGGGCGGCUUCCUUCCGUACGGCGUGGGCGGAAUGAUUGCCGGAGCCGCGACGUGCUUCUACGCCUUCGUCGGCUUCGACUGCAUCGCUACGACAGGCGAGGAGGUCAAGAACCCCCAGAGGUCCCUCCCCUUCGGCAUAGUGGCCUCACUGCUCAUCUGCUUCCUGGCCUACUUCGCCGUGUCGGCUGCUCUCACCCUGAUGAUGCCCUACUACAUGCUCAGCAAGACGAGCCCCCUGCCCGUGGCCUUCGACUACGUCGGCUGGGGUCCCGCCAAAUACGCCGUGGCUGUGGGGUCACUGUGCGCCCUGUCGACAAGCCUGCUGGGCUCCAUGUUCCCGAUGCCCCGCGUGCUGUUCGCCAUGGCACGAGACGGCCUGCUCUUCCGACCCCUGAGCAAAGUCACCUCCAAAGGCAGUCCCGCGAUAGCUACCGUAGCCUCCGGCGUGGUUGCAGCCAUCAUGGCUGUGCUGUUUGACCUGGAGGCCCUGGUGGAAAUGAUGUCCAUCGGCACCUUGUUCGCGUACACGCUUGUAGCCAUAUGCAUCCUCAUACUGAGGUAUCAGGCAGGUUCAUCUAGCGAAAAAGACCUGGAAAUCAUUAAAAACUCUAAAUUUGGUUUCCUGAAGCCUCCUUCGUCUCCGAACUCGUUCACGUCAAGCACGGUCACCAUCCUGACCAUCAGCGCGGUGGCAUGUGUGCUGGCGCUGUGCCUCGUGCUGAGCCAGGCCAUCGACGCCGUGGCGCGAAUGGAGGCGUGGAGCCUGGUGCUGGUCUGCGUCUUCGCCCUCACGCUGUUGGUCAUCGGCGCCCUCAUCUACAGGCACCCACAGAACCCCACCAAGGCCACCUUCAUGGUGCCGUUGGUGCCUCUUCUACCUUUAGUGAGUACACUCAUCAACGUCUAUCUGAUGGUGCAGCUAGGUGGAGACACGUGGGUACGAUACGCUAUCUGGAUGCUAGUGGGACUGCUCAUCUACUUCCUUUACGGCAUCCGGUUCAGUGUGCAGAGGAAGCGUGUCACAGGCGACCACGCCAAGGACGACACCAUCAGCACCACAACAGAAAUUGAGGUCAUCAAGGAGCAAAGAUUCUGAGUCGGCCGCAGGCGGGAGAAAAAGAGAGAUUUUACAGUGUUUUGUAAACGCAGGCACGUAUGGCUCAGGCUGCUAGCAUUCAUUACAAACUGACACUUAAGUCAUAUGUUGAUGUUUAUUAAUUUAUCUAAACACCAUGAAAUAUCACCUUCCUUUGUUUUUUUAAAUGUGAGUAUUUAUUUGAGUUCUGUGUUUUAAUGAUGAGUAACACAUGUCGUGAUGGUGUCAGGCAAAGAUGUAAACAGAGCAACUGUUUGUACAUGCUUUCUGAUUUUAUGCUUUAUUGAUUUCUUAAAAUGCUUGUAGCAGGUGGCUCAUCCACGCCUCAGGAGGCUGUGGAGGGUCUUCUAGUGCCAGGUCCCCCUGUAUCUGACUUCCUGUGUUGUCUGUCAGAUGUUUCUUAUUCAUUUGUUAGUCUGUGUGUAAAUAUAUACUGUACCUACUGUACUUGUGUGUUUGCUAGUGCGUCAUGGUGUCCACAUUCCUGACCUCUGGCUUUUAUAAGGGAAACCUAGUCAGUGAGUAACGGCGUCAGUGUAAUCAGUUGUCAGAUCUUGCCUUGCAGCGUGUUUUGUUCUGUUUUUAAAUCGUUAACUGUGUUGUUUUUCCUGCUCAGAGCAGCGUCUUCAGUAUGUUUUGGUGACGUCUCCGUUUGUUAGCUCCGGCCCUGUGCGGCCUAAUUUUACUGGUUACGAGAUUCACACAGUCUAAGACGUCUGUCAGUUUUGUCUGUGGUGUUAAAAUAAAGAAAGAUUAGUUUGAA